AUGUCUUCGCGCCCGUUAUGCCGCCCCCUGCGGAUGCUGCUCCUGCGCGGGGCGAAGCCGCCGUCGAGGCCGGCGGGCGGCGUGGGCUGUCGGUACGUGCACACGGGCCGCCCGUCAAACUCCCUCCUCUGGCUCUCGCGUGAGCGGGAGGGGGGUGCCGCGCGCAACGGAAUCUCUUCACCAGCGGCGACGCGUGCCCCGUCGCGUGCCGCCUCAAAAGUGGCUGCAGUUGACGCAACGCCCUCCCCCUCCUCCCCCGCGUCCCCGCCAUUGCUGCUGGAUCCUCCGUUUACGCCUGUUCCGGGUGAGUCAGAGGCGUUGCGGCAGCGGGUGCGGGGCGGUGAGCCAUCCUGCCUGUUGCUAUACGUCUGUGGCACGUGCAACUCGCCGCUGUUUUGUAGCGCGGAGUAUGCGGCGUCCAGCUCUCUGGGGCGACACAGCAGCGGGUGGCCCUCGUUCAUCGCCCCCGUGUGCAGUAGUGUCCUCCGGCUACGAAGUCUGCUGCAGCGCAGCGCGGUGCAGGAGGGAGGCCGGGCACCGUUGGCCGCGACACUGGCGGCCCGUGGGUUGCGUGUCGAGGGGGAGAUGCUGCGGCAGCCGCGCGGCGGCGGUUGUGCGCGGUCGCAGCCACGUACCUGGCGGGAGGCGUGCCUGAGGGACGUGAACAAGCGAAGCGACCCGACCGUCCUCGAGGGGUGCUGCAGCGGGUGCGGGAGGGCCGUUUGCCGCGUGGUGACGGAGCGGCGCAGCGGAGUGAAGUACGUCGUGAACCCAACCGCCGUCAAGGCGGAGCUGACGGAGUGCAGCGGCCCUGGCACCGCAUCCACGCCCCGGCGGCCGUAG